AGCACAGAACACAGUCGUACAAUUGAAAGGAUAGGAGAAAAUUAUCACCUAGAUACAUUGCGCUUGCGUUUUUCACUUGCCAAACUUCCGUGCUCUUUCCACCAUGGUGGAACCAGCUGGGGUGCACUUCUAUCUUUGACAAUUCAUGGAAAAUGAGCCAUGGGUUGUUAUAAAAAUUUGAGCUGGACUGCAAUUCUCUCUUUGUCCCAUAUUCACAACCGAUGAAAAUGAACUUGGGAUUAUGUUAAUGUGAAUGGUAGUAAUAAUAAAGUUGAGCGGGAUGCAAUUUUAUCUUUGCCCCACAUUAACAAUUCAUGGAAAAUGAGUCAUGGCCUCCUAUAAAUACCAGAUCUGAAAGAGGGGAAUGCCAAAGAGAAAAGCCCUUCUUAUUCAGCUGGAUUCAUCUUCUCUAACAACGAAGAUAACAGCACCACUUAGAUUUUAUUUAUUCUCUGUCUUAUUUCGUCACUAUUAAGAUGGCCAAAGAUUUAUGUUCUUUAUGCUGCUGCUCUUGCUACAGUUUACAGUCCCCUUCUCAGCAACCUAUUCAACAACAAUCUCAACAAUCUCUUGUACAACCACCACCCAUCUCUAUCUCUUCACCUCCUCACCAGCAAAGCAUUACAGGGCAUUCCACCUCCUCCUCGCCUUCACAACCUUCUGAACAUGAGGGCACUGCCACUAUGACCGAUUUUAAGAAUUUUCUGCAGAAGUUCAAUGAUAUAAGCCAGAUUGAGGGUUUAAUUCCGGUUUUAGAGGAGCUAUUGAAGAUCGCGUCGGGAGAGAGGAGUGAUGGAGGAUCUAAUACAGCGGCAGCUUCUUAUAUCCAUGAUGCCCAAAGAAUCCUGGAGAUGCUAGAUACACGCAUUGGCAAGCGUCCUGUAACGAAAAAUCUUACGGAUAGCGUAAUUGAAGAGAUUGAAAAAGUUUGUAUAGAAGUACUCAAAGGCUCGGAGAAAAUUCCUAAAGUAGGAAUGGCACUUUGUAUGUUGGGAUCUGUAUUGGAGAGAUUUAGUAAGAUGUCUGACAACAAGAGUGAAUACCUUGUAGUUUUGAAAAGGACGCUUAAUCUUGGGAAGCAAAUUCUGCAGUUAAAUGAGCAAAUUCCAGAGCAGAAGAAGAAACUAAAUGAGGGAAUUCGGUGCAUUAUUGAAGGAAGCAUCAUGUGCAUCUCCCAACUUGCAAGAGCCAACAUUUUCAGGUUUCUUACCGCUACAGUGAAUGCCGAUACUUUAAAGGCUUUUCAACUCAAAGUAGACCGCUUCUAUGAUGACAUCCAAUUAUCGACUACAAUUGCAAUAGGGAAAAGAGUAACUGACAUUGGGGACAGAGUGCCCAAGAUUGCUUCACAAUCUCGGAAAAUCUAUGCAUACCAACCCAGAGUUGGAAUUGAGAGGGCACAGGAAAGUGUAAUUGAGCUCCUUGAUUUGAAUGCACAAGACGCAAUACCAAUUGUUGUGGUUGUCUAUGGUUUCGGUGGGAUUGGUAAGACCACACUCGCUGAUGCCGUUUAUGCCCACCUCAACCUCCAAUCUUAUAAGCAUUGCAGAAUUCAUAUGGAUCAAGAUUGUACCUACAAUGAUCUGAAGGGCCUCCAGCAACAGAUUUUGUAUGGAUUGUUCGGCCAAAACUUGCAAUUGAAAAACUGUGAUGAAGGACGGGGAGUUUUACAAUCAUUUUUCAUAGACAAUGCUAAUCAGCCUUUAUUUCUAUACAUUGACAAUGGUCUCAAAAGUACAGAUCUUGAGCAACUUCUACCUCAAGGCUUGGGUAGUUGCCUCCCACCAAAUAGUAGAAUAUUUAUCACUACUAGAAAUCUCCGAGAGACAGAUAUAUUUGUCGAUAGAGAUAUUCAACGCCGACAAUAUGAUGUGAAUCCUCUUCCAGAGAUAGAGGUUAGAAAACUAUUGUUGAAGAAAGUCUCAGAUUAUAAUGAUGAAAAUAAUAUAGCCAAUCUCCUUAAGCUGUGUGGUGGUGUUCCGCUUCUACUAGAAUUAGCUGCUUCACAAUUGGCUAUAAACAGCGGAAAUACAAAGAAUAUAGUGUUAGAGAUGCUUAAACAAGAAGAAAAGGUCAAGGAGAGAGAUAUAAGUGACCGCAUGGUUGGUUUUGUGUAUGAUAGACUCUUGGAACCAGUUCAAGAGGCCUUUUUAGAUAUCACAUCCUUCUUUUAUAAGGAUUGGGCAAGUGAAACUGUGGCCAGCAUAGUUGGAGAGGAGGAAUUCAGAGGUCUAGAAGCUGCGUCAUUUGUCAAGACAGAUGAAUACGGUAAUGUGAUUGUUCAUGACAUAGUUCGAGCAAGAGGAAAAAAGCUGUCAGAGCAAGAGGGAAACAGAAUCACAGACCCUGAGACUUUAUUGGAGUGUUUAAAAAAUGAAGAGAAACUCAAAAAAUUAAAAGGCAUUUAUUUUGAUGAAGAAUGUGAACAGCAUUCAAUCGAAAUUAAUUGCCAUCAUCUUAAUCGUAUGAGCAAUUCGUUAAGAGUGUUAUAUUAUGAUCGAUCGCAAAUAAUAUUCAGGGACAAAUGUCAUAAUCCAUUUCAACAAGUCAGAUGCCUUGCAAUUAAUGGUGAUGUUCCUGAUUUACCAAUGGAGUUCGAGAAACUUGAGCGUCUCACCUACUACGAUGGCCCAUUGACGCAAGGCAUGAGUUUGUAUGAGUUUCCUCGAAGCCUGCGCAUUGCGCACAUUGAGGAUUAUUCCGAGAACAGAGUUGCAUAUUCUAAAAUUCCUCCCAAAGUCACUCCAGCUUCUUCGCUUGUAACAUUAGGCUUAUAUGGUUUCAAAAAUAUGCAAAGGUUGCCAGAUGGAGUGGAAAAGCUAACAAAGUUAGAGAGAUUAAUUUUAUCGAAUUGCCAUCAGCUAAAGGAACUUCCUUCCAAAUUGGGAGAUCUCAGCAAUCUAAAAGAGUUGAUACUAAUUUACUGCUUUGAAUUGAAAGAGUUGCCUUCAAACUUUGGGCAACUUAGCAAUUUGAAAACUUUGCGAAUACGGUCUUGUUCUGCAUUAAGUGCAUUAACUUCAAACUUUGGCCAGCUCAAAAAUUUAGAAGAGUUAGACUUGUACAAGUGUGAUGGGUUAAAAGAGUUGCCUGCAGACUUUGGUCAGCUCAAAAAUUUGAAAAAGUUAGAUUUGGCAGGUUGCUCUCGGUUAGAAAAAUGGCCAGUAAGCUUUGGGGAUCUACCAGAGGUGAAGGAGAUAAAUUUGACACUCUGUUUCUUUAAAUUAAAAGAUUCAUUGCCCGAUAAUUUUAAAGGAAAUAAUUGUACAGUUUUGGGAUUAUGAAGAAGAUUUUUUAAAACAAAAUUAAGAACGGAGUUCAAAGAAUGUAAUUAAAUAAUUCACCUCUCAAUUAUUACUUUGAGGGGGCUUUCCAUUAUUUAUAAUAUUUUUUUAUAUAAGGUUUGUGA